AUGGAUACUUUUUUCCUUGAGAUGGCAUAUAUAAGUGCCCAAGAACUAGGAUUGGCUUGUUCUUUGAAGAGACAACCUGAUGAAAUCCUAGCAAAGCUCGGUAUGGAAAGAGAUAAAAUUAUUGAAAAUAGUAGUGAACCUUCAAAAGAAAGCAGUGGAGAAAGAAAUAGAGGACAUCGUAAUGAACAUGAAAGAGGUGGUUGGAGAAAAUAUAUGCAUCAUAGGAAAAGAAAUGAAUAUGAUGGCACUAGGCAAAGGAACAAUAAUGGAAACAAUGGUGGAAAUAAUUGUGGCAAUAAUAAAGAUAAUCAUGGGACUGGUAAUGGUGGAAACAAAAGUAAUUAUAAUGAUAAUGGAGGUAAUAAUGAAAACAAUAAUAAAAAUGGAGAUAACAAUGGAAAUAAUGGUAACAAUGGUGGUAAUAAUAAUCAUGGAGGAAAUGGAAAUAACAUAAAUAAUAAUGUUGGAAACAUAAAUUCAUAG